AUGUACAUAGGAGGCGGUGGAGCUCCAAAGCGGAAUUCUUUCAAGGAUUCUCUCAAAGUUCUUGAAGCCGAUAUUCAGCACGCAAAUACUCUGGCAUCGGAUUUUCCAAGGGAGUAUGAUGGUGCAUGCCUACAGAUGAGAAUCUCAUACAGUCCAGCAGCACAUUUUUUCCUCUUUCUAGUACAGUGGACUGACUGCCACCUUGCUGGAGCUCUUGGACUGUUGCGAGUCCUAAUAUACAAGGUUUGCGUUGAUGGCACCACAACUAUGUCCAUGCAUGAGAGAAAAGCAAGCAUUAGAGAAUUCUAUGCUGUUAUUUAUCCCUCUUUAUUGCAACUUCAAAGAGGGGUCUCGGAUUCAGAAGAUAAAAAACAGAAAGCUGUGUGUCUGGAGAGAUACAGAAGAAGAGAUGAAGAAGAAUACAGGCAAUGCACGGAAUUAGAUAUUGAAAGGGAAGAAGAAUGUGGGAUUUGCAUGGAGAAGAACUGUAAGCUUGUCUUGCCAAACUGUAACCAUGCCAUGUGCCUGAUGUGCUACCGAGAAUGGCGUACGAGAUCACAAUCUUGUCCAUUUUGCCGGGAUAGCUUGAAGAGGGUGAACUCUGGUGAUCUAUGGGUAUUUAUGGACGGCAGGGAUGUGAUAGAUAUGGCAACUAUCACAAGGGAAAAUCUGAGGAGGCUGUUCAUGUAUAUAGAGAAAUUGCCCCUCGUUGUUCCCGAUACCCUUUUUGAUACUUACGAUACCCAUCUGAGAUUCAAGAAUCGAGAUGAGUACGGACGGUCGACCGUAAAGGUGAGUACGGGCACCUGCACAACUGCGGCUCGAGUUGUAUCUUUAGCCGUGUGGGUAAAAAAUUUCUUACCGUUAAUUAUACACUUUGCCGUUCAUGAAAUUCCGGCGCUGUGGUCCAUUUUGCUGAAGCCUCCGUAUCUAUAUGUCAUAGUCAAUGCAAUUAUCAUCACCAUCGCUGCUGCUUCGCGCUUCCACCUCAGUGAAUCUGAGCAGUCAGUUCUGUCUGAGAAGUUAAUUUCAGUGAAAACGCCUCCGUCGUCGGAAUUUGCAUCAAUACCAACUCCGAUUGAGAUUAGCGCUGUUGUGGAGGAACCUCCGGCAGUGGUGGAAGUGGCUGUGCCGCGUGAGAGUGAAGAUGGAGUUGUUGAGGUGAAGCCUGUGGUGGUGAACGAUUCACAAGUAAAAAACUUUGCAGAAGCUGAGGAUAAGGACGAGUUUAUCGUCUCCUAUACGACGUGCACUCCACCCAAGGAAGUAAUUCCUCCGCCGUUCCUCUUCCCCGUAAGGGAGAAACCUCUGGCUUCUUCUAGAUUCGACAUUCACCGGAAAAAUUUCAAAUCCAGUCCCAAAGGGGCGAAAACAUUAAGGAUGACGGGGCAGGAAGAGACACUAGAGAGCGUAUGGAAGAUGAUAACGGAACGACAUCGAGUUCCACUUACGAGACAUUCGAAGAAGCCGGGCAUGUGGGAAGAUCGGGAGCAUUAUGUGAUUGGGAUUGGGAGCCCUUCCGUUUAUGUAAACAAAUAUGAGACCCACAAGAAUCAUGCAUCACCCCAAGCUCCAUUGAAUUCGUAUCCAAGUUUGAAGGUUCGAAAAGAAUUGUCGGUGGGUCACGAGGAGUUGAAUCGCCGAGUUGAGGCGUUUAUCAAAAACUUCAACGAGGAAAUGAGGAUGCAGAGACAAGAGUCGUUGAAGCAAUAUAUGGAGAUGAUUAAUCAUGAUGAUUAA